UAUUGGACCUGCGGUCAGACCAAUGUCUCCUGCAAAAUGGUGAAGGGGAAGGUGGUGGAGGUGGGCAAGUGGCCCUGGCAUGUGAGCAUCCUGUUUCUGGGCAUGCACAUCUGUAGCGGUUCCCUCAUCCACCAGCAGUGGGUCCUCACGGCUGCAAACUGCUUUCAAAGAUCCAAGGAUCCCACCCAGUACUUUGUGAAGGUGGGAGUGCAGACCCUUUCAGACAACAACACAGAGCUGCCUGUCACUCUCAUCGUGAUUCAUGACAGUUUCAACAAUCAAAUGGCCCAGGACAUUGCCCUUCUGAAGCUCAAGACGUCUGUAUCCUGGUCCCCUCUCAUCCAGCCCAUCUGCCUCCCCAGCAUCAAUUUCAAACCAACCAUUGGCACCAUGUGCUGGGUCAUUGGGUGGGGAAAAGACAGGAAUAAAGGGAAAUUAAAGGCCCCCUACAGUGUCCAGGGGUUGGCUGUCAGAAUUAUACACAAUGACAUCUGUGAAAAGCGGUACCAAUUCCUGCUGCCAAAGAGCCAGAAGAAGUUCAUGGGGAACAACAUGCUGUGUACCAACUCCGAGUGGGGCUUGGAUACAUGCCAGGACACCUCGGGCAGCUCCCUUGCCUGCCAGGUGAACAAGACCUGGAUUCAGAUGGGCGUGGUGAGCUGGAGCUUCGGCUGCGGCCGGCGCCAGUUCCCCAACAUCUACACCAGCACUUCCUUCUACACCACGUGGAUCAAGAAGCAGGUGUCCGACAUGAGGUUCGCCAGUAUGGCUGGCCUCUCCUUCCUGAGCCCGGUCAUCCUCACUGGCUACAUUCUGCUGGUCUCUUUGGGCUCCCUGUGGCUCCUGUGA